AUGUCGACCCUUUUAGAAACAAUACAGCCGGUAUCUACGGCGUCUAUUGCAGUCUAUGGAUUCAUCGGACUGGUCGCCUUGAUCCUCUUCAACGCCUGUCAACAGGUGGUUUUCCGCAGCAAGACCGAACCGCCUGUCGUCUUCCAUUGGAUCCCCUACAUCGGAAACGCCGUCUCGUACGGCAUGGACCCCGUAGCGUUCUUCAUCAAGCACCGGAAAAAGCACGGCGACGUCUUCACCUUCACCCUCUUCGGCAGGAAGAUGACCUGCUACCUGGGUAUCGAGGGCAACGACUUCAUCCUAAACGGGAGGCUCCAGGACGUCAACGCCGAGGAGAUCUACGGCCCGCUCACGAUCCCCGUGUUCGGCCAGGACGUCAUCUACGACUGCCCGAACUCGAAGCUCAUGGAGCAGAAGAAGUUUGUCAAGUUCGGGCUGAUGCAGAGGGCGCUCGAAUCGCACGUGCCGCUGAUCGAGAAGGAGGUGGUGGACUACAUCGAGACGAGCCCCGCGUGGAAGGGCGCGUCGGGCGUCGUCGACGUGUCCGCCGCCAUGUCCGAGGUCACGCUGUUCACGGCGGCGCGGUCCCUGCAGGGGGAAGAGGUCCGAAAGAAGCUGACGGCCGAGUUUGCCGAGCUGUAUCAUGACCUUGACAUGGUUAGUCCCGGCUUCACCCCGAUCAACUUCCUCUUCCCCCGGUUGCCCCUCCCAAGAAACCGCCGUCGAGACGCCGCCCACGCCAAGAUGAAGGCAGUGUACGAGGGCAUCAUCAAACAACGCCGGGAGACCGGCCUGGGCGCAGAAGCCGAGCACGACAUGCUGUGGAACCUCAUGAGCUCGAGCUACAAGAACGGGACACCCGUGCCCGACAGCGAGAUCGCCUGCAUGAUGAUCACGCUCCUCAUGGGGGGCCAACACUCGUCCUCGUCCGCCAGCGCGUGGAUCAUGCUCCGCCUGGCCGCGCACCCGGACAUCGCCGAGGAGCUCUACGAGGAGCAGGCCCGGAACCUAGGCGAAGGCGACAGGGGCCUCCGUCUGCCGCCCCUGCAGUACGCGGACCUGGACAAGCUCCCGCUCCUGCGCAACGUCGUAAAGGAGACUCUCCGCCUGCACGGCUCCAUCCAUUCGAUCCUCCGUAAAGUCAAGAACCCCCUCCAUAUUCCCGGGAGCCCCUAUGUCGUCGGGACCGACAAGGUCCUUCUGGCCUCGCCCAUGGUGACGGCCAUGAGCGACGAGUUCUUCCCGGACGCUGGGAGCUGGGACCCGCACCGCUGGGACGAGCCCCUGGCCGGCGAGGGUGCCGUCGACGUCGACGAUACCGUCGACUACGGGUACGGGGCUGUGUCGAAGGGGACGAAGAGUCCGUAUAUCCCGUUCGGCGCCGGGAGACAUCGUUGCAUUGGUGAGAAGUUUGCGUAUCUGAACCUGGGUGUCAUUAUUGCUACCAUCGUGCGCAACUUUAAGCUCGAGACAAUGGAUGGACGUCAUGGCGUCGUGCCACCGACGGACCAUUCGUCCAUGUUUGCACGUCCGAUGCAGCCCUCGAAGAUCCGCUGGACUCGGCGGGAGUAG